AUGUCCGAGCCCACCUCUCGUACCGAGAUAAGACAACAAUCCGCAGAGAUCAGAAAGAAACAAGCCAAGAGCCUUGCAGGACUCCCUCCAAGUACUCUCCACAUUACCCUCUACAUCCGCUCCGAUCCACCUCUCCCAAACGACUUCCAUUGGGCCUUCUACCUCCACAAAGGCACCAGUUCCACGCCAGGAGGAACCAAGUACCAUGCGCGAGGCAUCGGUGGUGGGUGGAUUGCCGCACACGAGGCUACAGCGGGGAUCUUCACAGAGAAUUUCUUAUGUGUGAUAAUUCAGAUCGCGACAAUUCGUCCAACCGCUCACGAGCGUGUAGAUGAGAUUAUGAGAAGCUGGGAUGAGUCCCUCAAUUCGAUUCCAGGGAUUACGUGUCGUGUGUGGAUAUUAACUGUGUUGCGGAGACUUGUUGACGAAGGGUUUGUCCACUGUGAUAUCGGGGAAUUGGAGAAGGAUUGUUUGGAGUUUGGGAAUGGGCACAGUGCAACGGCUAGUGCGAAUAAGCAGCCUCGUCCGGUUGCCAGGUCGCGGGUUUCCUCUUGA